CAGAGGCCACUUGAUGUUUCGGUUUAUAACCGUCCUGGCAGAGAUGCUAGACUCCUUUGUCGUUCUGUCCUCCCUCCCCAACUUCAUUUUCUUCGUUUGAUGUGUACGCCUUGUGCCGACGUUCUAUAGUCCCGGUUCAGGCGCUUCCCUUGGUCCCCUACCCGCAUCGAGGUUCUUCCCCCGUUUUUGUUCCUUCCGGCCUAUUUUCCCCGUCGAUUUACAUAUCGCGCACAUCUUUCCCCGGCUCCCUGUACACUAAAUCGUAUUUGGCAAUCAUCAUAAUGGCCCACAAGAACGCACACCCGGAUAACGUGCCUGGUACUUUGCAGAGAGGCAAGGCGUGUCUUCGAUGCAGGAAACGCAAGAUGAGAUGUGAUGGUGCCAAGCCCGCAUGUCAGCAGUGCUCCCGCGCGAAAAAGGGCGAUGCCUGCGAGUACGACGAUGGCAAGAGCAAGACGCGGACGCAGAUUCUACGCGAGACGAUCGUGCGCCUCGAACAUCGCGUGAGAGAGCUCGAGGACCCAGAAUAUCUUUCGCCGGCGGUCGCACUCUUCGAUCCUCACAUCCGAGGGUUCUCUGAGUCGCCUCCGUCUUCGUCGUAUGACUCGGCCGAGGCUUCGUUCUCCCACUCUCCCUUCCCCUCCGACUCGGCACACUCGCCAGAGGGUUCUUGGUGUAACAAUGCUGUCUCGCCGUCGCCCCCGCUCUUCAGUCCGGAACUGUUCUUCCCGGACCCUGAACCCCAGUUCCAGCCACCGAUGGAUCUCGCCAUCAUGCUUCUAGAGAUCUUCUCGCCACAUCGUCAUCAGUGUGGGCUCGAGAUCCAAACCGGCGAGCUGAUCGAUAGUCUCAAUCGGCCGAGCCACGAGCAGCGUCAUCCGGCGCUGAUGUCCGCCAUCUUCCUGUGGGCAUGUUUCAUUUCGCGGCCGGAGCUGCUUUCCCAGCAUGAGGAGCACUACCUCGCGCUGGCUCUGGAUGCAGUGCGGGAUGGUUUACGGGAAGGGGACAGUAUCGUCGAUAUCAUCCGUGCUUCUUGCAUUCUGUCUUCGUAUUUCCUGGCCAACGGACGCCUAGUCGAGGGAAAUUACCACGCGAGCGCCGCCGCUGCCAUGGCAGUCCAGUGCGGGCUGCACACCAACGCGGCCGCCGCGUCCGACAGUGAUUGGUUCCUCGACGCUGGUGACGAACUGAAGCCGUACAAGAUCGACAUGAAGCGCGGCGAGCGGAUACUCGCUUUCUGGCAGGUGUACAAUCUCGACCGAUGCUGGUCUGUGGUGCUACGCAAGCCGGUUGUCAUCCCCGAGACCUCCAUCAACUCCCCUUGGCCGAGGGAUGUCGCUGAAUACCAUGGGUGUGCUCUCAACAACAGCGUCGACUUCCAGACAAUCAAGUCGUUUCUGGAAGGAAACGUGUCCGACGAUGGGUACUCAAUGGGGGCCUUGCGUUCCAAGGCAUCGGCUCUCUUCGAACGGGCCGCCAGCCUUUCCGUCAACUGGGACUCAGGAAUGAAGUCGACUGAACUUGAGUUGGCUAUCAGCUCGUUCAUAACGACAUUGCCUUCGCUGCAUUCUUCGUUGGAUCCUGAGGACAAACAUCUCCUCAUAGCAGUGCACACUCUCGCCCACACUGCCUUGAUCUCUCUACAUGACCGACUCGCGUCCAACGACCCGGUCUCUUACGAACAGUGCUCGCACGCUGCCAGAGCGUGCUGCGCUAUUAUCACACAACUCUCCGAAACCGACUUUGCUUACCUGGACCCGAUCUUGGGUCAUUGUUGGACGUCCGUGGCUGAGGUGCUCCUCCGUGAGAUCAUGACCGUCAAUGCAUCAUGGCCUCCAGUCAGCAGCGACAGUAUCCGCAAUGACCUGGCGUCCGUCCUAUAUGCCAUGGACAGCCUGUCGGCCAAAUUUCCGAUCCUGGGCAUCGCUGCCACCAAGAUCCAGAAACGUUUGCCGCAGCUAUAAAAAGCAAGUCACGACUACCGUCUUCCAAGAGAUGACCAUGCUUCGAUCUUCGACCGGACUGGCUAUCCUCGUUCCAGCCUUGCAGGCACUGAUUCACUUUCUGACACGGACUAUCUCGGCCCUACGGACCUUCUUUGACCCUCUUCGCUCCUUACAUCUUUUCCACUUAUCUUUGCCCUUCGGACAACCGGACUCUUUUACGAUUAUUCAUGCACAUCUACGAGCAUUGGACUUUGGACUAUCUACUAGACAUUCGGACUAUUUGUGCACGGACACUACUACACACCGCACGGACACCAGGACAAUUCAAAACACUGUAUCUGUAGCCUCCUUACUUACUAAACCUAAUUGUAGUCAUCCGAUAUCUUCGUACCGCGUACUUGACACUCCCCUUACUUACCGCUCGCUGGCUCGUUUCCGCUGCUCUGCUGCCUUCCGUUGCUUACUACUACUGCCUAGAUGCACAACCCACCGCGUUUACGCAGGAUUUUUCUUGUUUUUGAAUCAAACAAUUCUUGACCUUCAGCGGAGCAUCGUACCUUGACACAAGAAAAAUAUUCUCGUUUCACACAGGACUCCGCGCCUGCAUCGCUGCUUCACCCGGACCCCUGGUGUCCCGGACUGCAAGAGCUCGUGAUCACACAUUGCAAUAUGGUUUCAGACAUGGGUUUGCUGCAUUUCGUGGAAUCACGGAUGUCGAACUAUCGGGGGAGACCGCUCACGACAGUGCAGGUGUCGUUUGAUCGCGAGGAGCAGAUGGACAUUCGGCCGAGGCUAGAAAAGUUUGGCCUGAAGCUGAAUCUGAUGUACCUCACGCCUGCGCCGUUCCAGUUCUCGCCGUGGCAGGGACUGCGGGAGGGGUCGGGGAUGUUUCCGUUUGCUCCGUAUGCGGCGUUCUGAGAGGAGGAAGAGAGACAUGUAGACGGGGACAGAGGAACGAUGUUACUUGGUGGAUAGUCUAUUUAACCUCGUAGAAAACGGAUCGAAGCAUGGACAAGUUGCACAAAGAAUGUGAUGGUUGAAUGGCGCGCAAAAGUCCCACCGGGGCCGUGGGAUUCCUCUCAAGCAACAGGUAGAGAGCAGCAAUGGGGGGAUUUGCAAAAAGCGGGCAAGUACUUGGACAGACAGAUGGAGCGACGAGUGAGGGGAACGUGGAAUGACGAUCACAGUGGAGGAUCCGCUCGGAACACGUCCCAUCACUGUGAUGGAUUGGUGUGAAGAUAUCCACUAUCUUUCGACCCCUUCGGGGUGUCAUACGAAAAAUUGGAACGAUACAGAGAAGAUUAGCAUGGCCCCUGCACAAGGAUGACACGCUUUUCCGGAGUGGUAGAUCUACGGAUCUCAAUAUUUUUUGCUGCCUCUGACUUGACUCUGACUUUCAAUUCAUUUUCUUUGACUUUGAUUUGACUGUGAUAUGAUCUCUUGUGUGAUUGAACCUCAGGCUUCUCUCCAAUAACUUUCUCAAUUUGGC